CUCUUACAUCACAGAAAUCCAUUCAUGGCAGCGGCAACCAGGCUCUCCAACGCCUCUCCGUCGCGGAAGCACACGCGUGCUACCCUUAGACUCAUAGGCUAAUUGGUCAAUCCGUGUCAUUCUUGUGCCAGAAUGAUCUUUUUAGCUCGCUCCACUCUGUACCCGGUGUCCGAGCAGUUGGCGCUGCUGCAGGAGCUGGGGAAAGUUGACUCUUGACUAACAACAUACCAUGGUGCCCUUUGUCUAAUAAAAUUCUGCACUCCCAGUGAGCGAGGGCUGUUUCUGCUAUAAGAGACAGCCCUCCCACUUUCACCUGAGGUCCAGACCACCUGACCUGAACCAAAGCAUCUCACCUUGUCUACGACUCACCUCAUCACUACCUAGGUAUUUCGCCACAUAAGGCAUCCACAAUAACAUCGUAUCGUCGACCACCUUACAAUACCACCCAACGUACUGUCGAUCAUUCAAUGCACAUCCAACAACUUCCGUUCGAAAUCCUUUCCAAGAUCCUCGAGGAGGUUGCUGAAGCCAAUAUUCGAGAUGGUCCUACCUUCACAUUCGGCCUUUCUCAGGCACCCCUGCCGCUCCAGAAGUCAACUCUCCAACGCUAUGUGAGAGGUCCUGUUCCACCUGAGAUGCUCAAGUGGGAUGCCAUCUGUGCUAUGCGAACCGUUUGCUGGCAAUGGCACGAGUGGGCGCUGGGUUAUGCUCUGAAGAAUGUGUACAUUCGCCGCUGGAAGGGGGGAGAGCGAUGGGCAGAGCUGUCCAACCGAAGAUCGAGCUACCCCUUGUACGAGCUCAUUGACCGCCCAACCGGCACUGCUGUUUACCGCGAUCCAUUUGCUUCUCUUAGGCAGACUGUGAGGAAUUUCAACGACUUCCCGGAUCUUGCCUCUAAGAUCAAGCGCAUGUGGUUCCACGGUUUCUACACCGCCGAGACGAACCGCAUGAUCUUCGACUCCCUCAAGAACUGCACCAACCUUACCAGCCUAUCCGUUCCAUGGACCACGAUCCGGCACUUGGACGCAAACUCAUGGAGAACGCUCCUGACUGGCAACGGCAAGCCCCUUGAAUCUCUGGAGCUUCAGUGCAUCGACCCCACCUCUCAGCAGGCUGCCGAGAAAGAGAACCAGGUUAACCUCAUGGCACUCCAGUCAGUUAACUUCGGUCAGCUGAGGCGAUUGAAGAUCUUCGGUGACACCAGCUUCAUGCCGAUCGUCGAUGACGAUCUCUUUGCGAUUGCUCGUACCGCCGUCCAACUUGAGGAGUUCCACAUGACCUGUAUCUCCUCCAUCACCAUUGAUGGUGUCAUGGCUGUUGUCAAGGCAUCUCGCAACACAUUACGAGUACUCGAGCACAGCCCGCGGUCGCAGGAUGGCUUCUGGCAUCCCCACCCAGGAUCUCCCAGCGACAGCGAGCACCUUUGUGAGACAUUCCGCAGUUGCCCCAAGCUCGAGACUCUGUCUAUCUCGCUUCCAUCUGUGUGCGCAGACCUGUUCUCCCACGAAGACGCCAGAUUCAGGGGCGACAUGCAGGUGCGCGCGCUUCACCUGUGCGGCCACGAGCACGGGCGCUCUACCCAGGAAGCCACAGAUGCUUUGCAGAAGCUGCUGCAGCAGGCACGUGCCUUGGUGCAGCGCCGCGCUAAGAGCGACAUUCCCCAGGAGCUCUAUGUGGAGCUUUUCUUCGCAGACUGCAUUUUUGAGCCUGGAUUCGGCUCCGUUCACGGCGACUUUGCCCUAGCGCAGGUUAUCUCGAACGGGCUUUGGCCUGAGCAUGUCGAGUUCAGUGGCAAGGGCCCAUUUGGUAGCACUGGGCUCUACGAGAAAGAGGAAGAGGGCCCGUUCCAACGGAUUGACGAGGACGAGUUCCUGACUGGCGUCCGCCGGAGACUCCACUCCAUUUCGACUUGAUCACAUCAACCGCAGAGCGAUUGAUGACAAACAACUUCGCUUCUUCUGUACUUCUAUUGCGCUUCAGCAUUACGACUUUGAUGAUUCCCUUUACGCAUAUGCAGCGAGCUUGGAUGAUACCAGGCCAAGGAGCCAUCAAAAGAAAAAGUUUCUGCAUACUGACACAUCUGUUUGGGCGGGCAUUUGCAUGGGGCGACAACACGUCGCACCCGAUUAGCAUUCUGGCGUUUGCUUGCGCAUUAUCUUGCAAGGAGGGGUGUUCUACCUCCAGGUCACCUAUCUCAAAUCGUAGAAGAUUACGUAGUCUUCAACAAGUUUAUUACCCAU